AUGAUAAAGAACGUACCGGACACCCGCCGAAAGACAACUUAUAACUGGACUAUUCUUCUAACUGUCAACAAUGGAUUCUAUGACUUUUUUCAAAACUGGUGGUGGCAUUUUAGGAAACUUGAUAUUUCUGUGCCAGUAUCAGUUAUUGCAGAGGAUGAUAUCGUGUUUGAAAAACUAACCAGUUUAAGUGACAGCUCAAUCGAAGUGCGCAGAAGUGAAUAUAUAUCCAUUGAUAAAACUGUAAGCUAUGAUAGCAUGUUGUAUAAGAAAAUGGUAUCAGCACGACCAACAUAUAUUCUGAUGUAUUUAAAGAAUGGAACUAACGUUAUCUACUCUGACCUAGACACUGUUUGGUUACAAAAUCCUAUGCCUUACCUAAAGGGCAACUUUGAUAUAUGGAGUCAGUUGGAUGCAGAGAAUUAUUUGUGUACAGGAUUCUUGGCCAUUAAAAGUAAGAACGUUACUUUAAAAUUUAUACAAAAGUGGGAAGACGCCUUACGAGACACACCUACGCUGAAUCAACCAGUAUUUAACUGGCUGGUGAAACAAUCAUCUAUAAAAAUAAAACAGUUACACAGUAAAAGGUUUCCAUCAGGAAAACAAUAUUUUGAUCAGUUUUCAAAAACAGAACGUUUAGAAGUUGUGGUUGUGCACAACAACUGGAUAAUUGGGCACGAUAAAAAAGUCAAGCGAUUCCAGAACGUGAACUUGUGGGUUAACGAAACUAUUUCAUUGGUAUGA